ACAGUAUAUACCUCGUCUGUGAUCGAAGAUAGAAAUACUGAUUCCAGGUAGUAACAACCUAAAGCUGUCAGAGAAGUUUUGGCAUAUCGUUAAUUGUGAAUAAGGCAACGAUAAUAUAGUUUGUGAUGUAUCUAUAAAACCACUGGACAUAAUUGUGAUUACAACAGUAUUACUAUAAAAAACAAAAGUAUUUGCUAAAUAUUAAUAUGUCUUCCCUCCAAAAGUCAAUUUUGAAAUCGAAACGACCACCGUCGGAUGUCAGUUUUGGAAUUGGCUCUAGGGUUAGCAAGGCAAAAGAUAAGAGAGAUUACGAACCAGUUCAAUGGAUUCCGUAUUUUGAUCAUUCCCAGGAUGUAAAAAUAGGAAAUGACACAUUUCAUAUUUAUACUAAGGGUACAGAGGGUCCGACAUUAGUGUUGUUACAUGGAGGUGGUUAUAGUGCAUUGACAUGGGCAGAAUUUACUAAAUCACUUAUGACUAUGGUAGUAUGUAAAGUUAUGGCAAUUGACCUUAGAGGUCAUGGAGAUACCCAAACAUCAAAUGAAGAAGAUUUAUCUGCUGACACCUUGGCAGAAGAUGUUGCAGCAAUAGUGAAUGCAACAACAGAAAAUAAUCCUGUAAUCCUAGUGGGUCAUAGUAUGGGUGGUGCAGUGGCUGUUAGAGCUGCACCAUUAAUCUCAAAUUUGUGUGGAUUAGGAGUUAUUGACGUUGUUGAAGGAACAGCUAUGGAUGCAUUAGCAUCUAUGCAAAGUUUUCUAAGAUCUCGACCGUCUAGUUUUAGUUCUAUCUCUCAAGCCAUAGAGUGGUGUGUGCGAAGUGGCCAAAUCCGUAACGUACAAUCAGCUAAGGUGUCAGUUCCUGGACAAAUAAAAAACAUCGAAACUAAUAAAUUAGCCACUCACGAUAUUGGUUUGUUAUCACAAUCGACGUGCGAGUGUGAUUCAGGAAUUACGAUUCCACGAGAAGAUAUCAUCCAAGAAGAAGAACCAGUAAAUAUGCCACCACCACCUACCCCAACCAAUGUCACUUCUACUAGAAAAUAUGUUUGGAGGAUAGACUUAUCCCGAACGGAACAACAUUGGUUUGGAUGGUUUAAGGAUCUAUCAACAGCAUUCUUAAAUGUACCAGUUCCAAAAGUUCUAUUGCUAGCUGGCGUUGAUAGAUUAGAUAGACAACUCACUGUUGGUCAAAUGCAAGGUAAAUUUCAAAUGCAAGUAUUACCAGCAUGUGGACAUGCGGUACAUGAAGAUGUUCCAGAUAAAGUAGCAGAAGCAAUUGCCACUUUUAUGGUUAGACAUAAAUUUGCUGGAUCUGCAUCAGAUUUUCCACGAACGUUUCCUGCUUGUUAGGAUUAUGAAAUAGUCAUCUUGUCAAGAGUAUAAAAAAUUCAAUGAAUUAGUUAAAAUGAGCAUUUUAUUUAUUUAAAAAAGAUAUAUAUUCACAAAAUAUAUAUGAGUACAUGUAUAAAUAAAAAUAUUUCCUCGACAAGAAAAAUAAAUUUGUUUGACAUAAAAGAUGUAUUUGUUAAAAAUAAAUCUGAAUAUGUUUAUACAAAAAACAUACGUAUAAAUAUAUAAAAAUUGAUGAUAGUACACGUACCGUAUCAAAUAGAGUACAAACAUUACUUUAUCCGUAUCGUAUUGAAUGAUUCUUAAAUAUGUAUUUAUAGAUAAAAAUAAUUCUAAUUUUAUAAUAUAGUAACAUUUACAAAUUCAGUUUUUAUUUAAAAUUUUCAGCUAAAAUACUUCAAUUUGUUUUCGAGAUUUCGUGUUUGAGCGUGUGCAGAAUUUUGGCAUUAAUCAAAUCCAAAACCAGUUAAAUUUUUUAAAACAACGCACGGAACUCCAGCACGACCAGUACUUAAGGGUGCAACCUUAAAAUAAUAUUGUUUAGUAAUAUAAAUAUCUGUAAUAUAUCUUUAAAUAUAUAUUCGAUGUAAAUUUA